GAUUUUCUUCCUUUUUCCAAAUUUCAUAAAUCCGUUAGCGAAGAGAACAUUUCUCAUCAACUCGUUGAAAUGGAAUCGCGGCGAGAGAAGAAUCUGAUGGCGGAGGAGGAAUCUGAUGGCCUAAUUGCGGCGAGGCGGAUCCAACGAUUGUCUUUACACAUUUCUCCCUCGUUGACGCCGCCACCGUUGCUGCAGCCGGAGACGUGUUCGGCGAGGUCGAAGAAGCUGGAUGUCGACGGCCAAGCUUUGUCGCUGUAUAUGAGGGGAAAACACAUGGAUAUACAAGAGAAAAUUUUCGACUUCUACAAUUCCCGCCCCGAUUUGCAGACGCCGAUCGAGAUCUCGAAGGACGAUCACCGGGAAUUGUGUAUGAAUCAGCUUUUAGGGCUUGUGAGAGAAGCUGGGAUAAGGCCUUUUAGGUAUGUUGCUGAUGAUCCGGAGAAGUAUUUCGCAAUCAUGGAAGCUGUUGGAAGUGUUGAUAUGUCCCUUGGGAUUAAGAUGGGCGUUCAAUACAGUCUUUGGGGAGGCUCUGUGAUCAAUUUAGGAACCAAGAAACAUAGAGACAAGUAUUUUGAUGGCAUUGACAAUCUCGACUACACCGGUUGCUUUGCCAUGACUGAAUUACACCAUGGGUCAAAUGUGCAAGGUCUUCAGACCACGGCCACAUUCGAUCCACUUAAAGACGAAUUUGUAAUCGAUACACCUCAUGAUGGAGCUAUCAAAUGGUGGAUUGGAAAUGCUGCUGUUCAUGGGAAGUUUGCUACUGUUUUCGCUAGGCUUAUACUUCCAACUCAUGAUUCCAAAGGAGUCUCGGAUAUGGGUGUUCACGCCUUCAUCGUUCCGAUAAGGGAUAUGAAAACACACCAGACGCUCCCUGGUGUUGAAAUCCAAGAUUGUGGACAUAAAGUGGGACUUAAUGGAGUGGAUAAUGGUGCAUUGAGAUUCCGUUCUGUGAGAAUACCCCGUGAUAAUCUUCUCAAUCGUUUUGGAGAUGUGUCGCGAGAUGGGACGUAUACAAGUAGUUUGCCAACAAUCAAUAAAAGAUUUGGAGCAACACUCGGUGAGCUUGUAGGUGGUCGAGUUGGCCUUGCCUAUGCAUCUGUUGGCGUCCUGAAAAUCUCUGCAACGAUUGCCAUUCGCUAUUCGCUUCUAAGACAACAAUUUGGUCCUCCAAAGCAACCUGAGGUCAGUAUUCUCGAUUACCAGUCUCAACAACACAAGCUCAUGCCGAUGUUAGCCUCGACCUAUGCAUACCAUUUUGCAACUUUAUACCUCGUGGAGAAAUAUUCAGAGAUGAAGAAGACUCACGAUGAGCAAUUGGUUGCUGAUGUCCAUGCACUCUCUGCUGGGCUCAAAUCUUAUAUAACGUCUUACACCGCCAAGGCACUCUCGGUCUGCAGAGAAGCCUGUGGAGGACAUGGUUACGCAGCUGUUAACCGAUUUGGAAGCUUGAGAAAUGAUCAUGACAUUUUCCAAACAUUUGAAGGAGACAACACUGUGCUUCUACAACAGGUGGCUGCUGAUUUAUUGAAGCGUUAUAAAGAAAAGUUCCAAGGCGGGACGUUGACAGUUACAUGGAGCUACUUGAGAGAAUCAAUGAACACUUAUUUGUCUCAGCCAAAUCCUGUUACAGCGCGUUGGGAAGGUGAAGAUCAUCUAAGAGAUCCUAAAUUCCAGUUAGAUGCUUUCCGGUAUCGAACAUCGCGAUUGCUACAAAAUGUGGCAGCGAGAUUGCAGAAACACUCAAAGACUCUCGGUGGUUUCGGUGCGUGGAACAGAUGCUUGAAUCAUCUCUUGACACUUGCAGAAUCUCACAUUGAAACAGUUAUUCUCGCCAAGUUCAUCGAAGCUGUUAAAAACUGUCCGGACCCAAGUGCAAGAGCUGCUCUGAAACUAGUUUGUGAUCUUUACGCAUUGGACCGAAUCUGGAAAGAUAUAGGAACGUACCGUAACGUGGACUAUGUGGCGCCUAACAAAGCUAAGGCGAUUCAUAAACUGACAGAGUAUCUGAGUUUCCAAGUAAGGAAUGUGGCCAAGGAACUAGUGGAUGCGUUCGAGCUACCUGAUCAUGUUACUCGAGCACCAAUUGCUAUGCAAUCCGAUGCUUAUUCACAGUACACUCAAGUUGUUGGAUUCUAAAAACUCAAGAACAAACAUAUAUCAUCACAAUGAUCUUUUGAUUCGAAGCUAAGAACAAGAAAAAACAAUUUACAGGGCGUACGAAAGAAUCUGCAGUCCUUUGUAUGUGUAUUAGCUGUUGUUUGUUUUUCACAGGAGAACAGAAAAACAGAGUAAUAAAAAUGUCAUUUUUUUUUGGUCUGCCAA